AACUAUGGGAAGCAAUCCCUUAGAGAUCAAUGCGGCAACUAGACAACUAGACGCAAUGCAGCAGAGCUGGCUACUCAGACCACCUGUGAGGAAGAAGAAGAAGUACGUUGAUCUCGGAUGUAUACUAGUCAGCCGCAAGAUCUUUCUAUGGACUCUUGGAACCCUUCUCGUAACCACCUUUCUCGCUGGAUCCAUAACCAUGAUCGUCAGACACGUUCCGCACCACAAACAUGCGAAGCCUCAAGAGGACAACUACACAAUAGCUCUCAACAAGACCCUCUUGUUCUUCAACGCUCAAAAAUCUGGGAAACUUCCUAAGAACAAUAACGUGUCAUGGAGAGGCAACUCUUGCCUGAAAGAUAUCGACGUAGGAGAAUACUCUCACAGAGAUGUGGUUGGAGGCUAUUACGAUGCUGGAGAUACUAUAAAGUUCAGCUUCCCAAUGUCAUAUGCAAUGACCAUGCUGAGCUGGAGUGUGAUUGAAUACAGUGCUAAAUACGAAGCUGCAGGGGAGCUUGACCAUGUUAAAGAGCUCAUCAAAUGGGGAACUGAUUACUUUCUCAAGACCUUCAACAGUAGCGCUGAUAAAGUUGACAGGAUGGUGUCACAGGUUGGAUUUAGGGAUACCGGUGGAGGAAGUGUGGUCCAUAAUGACUAUUACUGCUGGAUGCGUCCCGAGGACAUCGAUUACAAAAGGCCUGCGCAAACUUGUUACUCCGGCUGCUCGGAUCUUGCUGCAGAGAUGGCUGCUGCUUUGGCCUCUGCAUCCAUUGUCUUCAAAGACGAUAGAGCCUACUCUAAGAAACUUGUUCACGGUGCUAAAACGCUUUAUAAGUAUGCAAACGCUAUUAAAAAUAGUUAUAGUAUACCUGGUGCAGAGUUUUAUAGGUCCAGCCUGUUUUGGGAUGAGCUUCUUUGGGGCGGUGCUUGGUUGUAUUAUGCGACUGGAAAUAUAACGUAUCUUGAUCAAGUUACCAACCAUGAUAUGGCAAGGCAUGCUGGUGCCUUCUUGGAUGGGCCUUAUUAUGGUGUCCCUAGCUGGGACAACAAGCUUCCCGGAGCUCAGCUGCUGUUGACACGGCUAAGGCUGUUUCUAAGCCCUGGAUAUCCAUACGAAGAAAUCUUGAGAACCUUUCAUAAUCAAAGUGGAGUGGUGAUGUGCUCAUACCUACCUUACUACAAAAAAUUUAAAAGAACCAAGGGAGGUUUGAUUAUGUUGAAUCAUGGAGAUCCACAGCCCCUUCAGUAUGCUGCAAAUGCGGCCUUCCUAGCUGCGCUAUUUAGCGACUAUCUAGAUGCUGCUAAAGCUCCUGGAUGGAACUGUGGUCCUCACUUCUAUUCUACCGAUGUCCUACGUGACUUUGCAAGAUCACAGAUUGAUUACAUACUCGGUAAAAACCCUCGGAAGAUGAGUUAUAUUGUAGGCUUUGGGCACCGGUACCCGAAACACGUACAUCAUAGAGGAGCUUCGAUACCGAAAAGUGUGAAGAAAGAAAGCUGCAAAGGAGGAUGGAAGUGGAGAGACACCAAGAAGAAUAAUCCAAACACCAUCGUAGGAGCCAUGGUUGCUGGACCUGACAAACACGACGGGUUCCAUGACCUUCGUACCAACUACAAUUACACUGAGCCGACCCUUGCAGGUAAUGCUGGUCUGGUCGCAGCUCUGGUUGCUUUGUCAGGAGAAAGAACGUUUGGAGCUAUUGACAAGAACACUAUGUUUUCUGCUGUGCCUCCUUUAACACCUGCCACGCCACCUCCUCCAGCUCCUUGGGAGCCUUAAAAAGAAAACUACAAACCUUUUGAGUGUAAUAAGUUAUCUAGUGUUGCCUGA